AUGCCGCGACAAACAAGACGAACAAUUUCCGAUGAUGUCUCAGAUAUCAUCGAGGACGCUCGGGACAAUAAAUUGCGGAGCGAGCUUGACAACAAGCUGGAAGAUUUCCGCGAGCAAAUUACGUAUUAUUUAGAGAAAAAAAGUGAGGAAGAUAAAAAGAAGAGAGAGGAGGAUGAGAAGAGGUUCGACAGCCUGGAAUCCAAAUUCUCCAGGAUGGAAGGAUUUCUAAGCAGGAUCGCGGAUAAAUUAGAAGAUACAUCAAAAGGAAACAAAUCCGGUGAUGUACCCCUUACUAAUAAUAAUAAUAACAAUAAUAGUCGCGACUCAACAUUCGAUGCGGUUCCUCCUCGGAACAUUAAUGUUGAGGCGGAGGUCCAUGCCGACGCGGAAAUAAAUAAAAAUUUAGAAAAUAAAUCAGGCGAAAAAUUUGAUAAAAAUAAACCGAAAAUAAUCGCGACAUCAAACCCAUCAUUUGUUUUUAGACCGAUUGACUCAAUUAAACCAAACACAUUCGAUGCUUCUGUAUCUGCUGAUAGAUAUCUAAAACAUUUUGAAAUCGUUUCAAAUCAUAACGGAUGGACAGAACAAAUUAAAGCGUCAUACUUAGGAGCUUCAUUGAGAGGAAAAGCUCAAACAAUUUUAGACAAAUUAUCGUCAGAUGAAUUAAAUAAUUACGACAAAAUUAAAGAAAUCUUAAUAUCGCGAUUUGGAGAAAGAAAAUUUUCUUAUGUUUAUUUAAAUGAAUUACAAAAUAAAAAACAAAAAUUUAACGAAUCUCUUGACAGCUUUGCUGAAACAAUAGACAAACUUUCUCGCCUCGCAUAUCCCGAUUUAACAGAUGAUAUGAUUGAACGUCAAUCUUCUCAACAAUUUAUCAGUGGGUUACUAGAUAAAAAAUUACGAUAUUCUUUGAGAUCAGAAAAAAUUUUUACGUUAAACAAAGCUUUAGAAACAGCUUUAGAAUUAGAAUCAAUUUCAAAAUUAAUUGACAGUGAGGAAAGAAAUAAAAUUCACCCAAAUAAUAAUUUCAAACAAUUAGAUAAUUAUAAACCUAAUCUUAAAAGAAAAUUCGAAUUUAAUAAUAAUAAUAAUCCUAACUUUAACCAUACUCCCACUCCUACAUGUUGGAACUGCGAAAAGACAGGUCAUUUCAAAUCAGAUUGCAAAAAUACCCAAAAUCUUAAUCAAAAUUACCGACAAAAUUUUCAACAAAAUAAAAGACCAAGAUAUAACCAAAAUAAUAAAAAUAACCAAAAUCAGGGAAACUAAAAGGGGUUGAUUCGACGGGGGACGAAUCAACCUAUUCUAUUAAAAAAAUAAAAUUAGACAAUUUGAAUCCUGAUUUUGAUUUAAUAUUACAUGGAACUAUUAACAAUAUUCCUUGUAAAAUGAAUAUUGAUACCGCGGCUGAUAUUACCGUUGCUAAUAUCAAUUUAUUUAAUAAUCUAAAAAAUAAUAAUUAUAAACCUUAUAAAAUUUA